CGGUCAAACCACGCGUUCAACGGUGCCACCGGAGCGACUUCAAGGUUGCAACAGCGACGUGAUUAUGUUGCAUGACCUGACCGAGGCGCGUCUGGAAAGACACAGCACAACAUCGUGACUCCUGAAGAUGAACAUUUGUUCGAGAUGUCUACAACAGCAGGACGAUUUCUCGGCGCACUGACACGCACUGCUUUCAGCCGAGGAGGGAUAUUCAUCCACAACGCCACCUCGACCGUGAGAGCGAACGGUGUGCGGACCCUGGCGUUGAGCUCUCAGAGGUCAGCUCAAUCCACAGACGACGACAAAGCGGUGAAAAAUGAGCCGAUCAAGUUCUCCACCAGUAAAGCCAGUCACAGAACAUGGAAAGUUGACCGUGCCAUGGGGAGCCAGUUUCAGCGGCCAUGGUGGAAAGUACUGCCCAUCAGCCUGCUCGCCACCAGCUUCCUCUUGUGGUGUGUACUGAGAGAAGAGACGGGCGUUGAUGAACAGCUGAACAAGCAUCUGUACGAGCAUUUACCCAGCUUGCUUUCAGAUGAAGAAGAGGAACAGCAGCAAAAUAAACCAAGUUAACAUAACGAUACUUUGGAUGUAAAUAUUUAUUGUACUUCUGGCUGUGCUUGACGUGGAGUUGUAAAGCCGUCCAGUGUUAUGGCCAUUAUUUUUUUCCCCAGAAGAGAUUUACAGCUAUAGACUUUCUAUUGCCGGUUUGUUUAGUUGCAUGUUUGAACAAGAACAUUAAUUAAAAUGCAUUUAAUUGAACCACUGAACUUGGUUUAGUCUGAAUUUUUAUGAAUAUUCAUGUUUUGUUCGAUAGGCACAAUUUUACCAUAGUUGCAUCAGAGCCAAUUCAGACUAUUGCCAAAAUGAACUGUAGUUUUACGCUGUCAUGCAGCAUUAAACUAGGCACCUACAGGGUAGCAUUGGUCCAAGAUACAUUAUAUACACUAUAUGCAUUAUGGUACUGAGUUUGUUAAUCUUACUAGGGACUAAGUUUUGACAUCAGUUUUUAAUCUUGACCAUUUUGUUAAGAGUCCUAACAUCCAACCCAAAGAAGUCAAACUGAGGUCACAGAUUUGAGGUAGCGGACAGUUUAUUUACAGCACAACAAGAAAUCCUAUGACAUGCACACAGGAUU